AUGACCAUCCCUUCUAAUAUAGAAUCUGAAGAAAAAGUGGUGCUUGUUGGAAUCAGUGGACCAUCGAGCAGUGGCAAAACUACGGUUUCACGACUUUUAACUGGAAUAUUUCCUGGAUCGAUCUUGAUCCAUGAAGAUGAUUAUUAUAAGGAUGACAAGGACAUUCCGAUGGAUGAAGCGCUAGGGGAACAGAAUUGGGACUGUCCCGAGGCCCUUGAUAUCACACUUCUUCUGCAACAUUUGAAAUCAUUGAAGCAUCCCAAUGCGGAUCCACAACCCAAAUUACCCUCGAUCCAACCGGAAUCACCAUCUCUGGUGGCGGACCCUGCCCUAAUUAAACAGCUCAAACAAAAAGUUCACAAUGCCGUGGGACACGAAAACUUACGAUUAGUGUUUCUCGAUGGAUUUUUAUUGUAUCAUGAAGGAUCCCCGCUCGUCGAGGUAUUGGACGUGAAAUUAUUUUUACAAGUCACAUUUCCCCUCCUUAAACAACGUCGAGAACUGCGUGAGGGAUACCAAACUAAGGAUUCUUUUUGGGUCGACCCACCUGGGUAUUUUGAAAAACUUGUCUGGCCAAACUAUGUCCAACAACACCAGCAUAUGUUUGACAAAGGUGAUGUGGAAAAUGGGAGAUGCGUGGCCAGUGAAACUUUAGGAAUAGACGUGUUUAGUAUAAAGAAUGAAGGAACAGGAAUUGAAGAAGUGCUCAAGUGGGCAGUACAGCAGAUAUUAGAGAGUAUUUAG